AUGGCAGGAGAGGAAAAGCAUACAAUCCAUGCCGAGGACGUGCCUGUCAAUACUACAGCACACCUGGCCCACGAUGACCAAGAGAUUGAGAUGGACAAUGGAGAGAUUCUCCUCCGGCUCACCCCUGGCGCUGAGAAAGGGUCCGGCGUGAACAACCUCAAGCUCGCCAAAGAUGGCCAAACCGUGCUGAUCCCCCAACCAUCCGACGACCCAGAUGACCCGCUGAACUGGUCGUCGUUCAAAAAGCACAUGAUCCUCAUCUGCGUGGCAUUUGGAGCCUUUGCCGGUGACUUUGGAUCCGGGGCUGGCGUCGGCACCAUCGUCGUGCAGGGGAUCGAAUGGAACAUGUCCCCCGUGGUCGUCAACUACGCUGGCAACCUGAACGUCAUCAUGUGCGGUGUUUCGGGCCUCAUCUGGAUGCCCCUGCUCAACUACUGGGGCCGCACGCCCGUGCUGUUCUGGAGCUCCGUCAUGGGCGCGGCCUUCACGCUGGGCUCGGCGCUGGCACCCAAUUUUGCCGCCUUUUACGGCUUCCGAACGUUGCAGGGCGUCACGCAGAGCACGGGCCAGACGAUUGGGUUGGCCUUUAUCCACGACAUGUUCUUCUUCCACGAGCACGCGCGGAAAAUCGGCGUCUGGUACGCCAUCUACAUCAUCUCGCCCUUCGUCGGCCCCUUUUGCGGCAACUUCAUCGUGGGCACGUUGGGCGAGUGGCGCCCGGUCUUCUGGCUCGUCUUUGCCUGGUCGUGCUUCCUGCUCUGCCUCACGCUGAUGUUCGGCGACGAGACCUACUACAAGCGCUCGGUGCCGCCGUCGCAACAGCCCCCGCGACCCGGCGGUCAGCUGGGGCGACUGUCGCGGGUGCUGGGCGUGUGGCAGAUCCAGCACCACGGAAACGGCUACUUCUCGACGCUGCCGCGGUGCUACGGGCGGCUGGGCGAGGUGCUGCUCAAGCCCGUGAUCCCGCUGUCGAUGCUGUUCUACCUGAUGAUAUUCAUGUGGUCGGUGGGGAUCAACAUCACGUCGUCGAUCCUGCUCCAGACGCCCGUCGAGGCCGGCGGGUACGGCUUCAGCUCGAUCGCGUGCGGGUACAUGUACUUUACGCCGUUUGUGGCCAUCCUGAUCGGCGAGGCGUUUGGGCACUACUUCAACGACUGGAUCGCGGCGCGCUACGUGACGCGCCACCACGGCCUGUUCGUGCCCGAGACGCGCCUGUGGACGAACUACAUUGGCGGCGUCUUCAUGGUGCCCGGGCUCGUGCUGGUCGGCGAGGCCCUGCAGCGCCACUGGCACUGGGUCGCCAUCGUCUUUGGCUGGGGCAUGUUCCAGUUCGGCGUCAUGGUCGUCUCGGUCGCCACCGUCGCCUACGUCCUCGACUGCUACCCCUCGGCCUCGGGCGAGGUCUCGGCCCUGCUCAACUUUGCCCGCGUCCUCGGCGGCUUCACCGUCGGCUACUUCCAGCAGUCGUGGGGGCUGAAGAUGGGCUUCGACGUCUCCUUUGGUCUGCAGGCCGUCAUCGUCGUCGCCGCCUAUGUUAUUCUCGUCUUUGUUCAGGUCUAUGGCGCCCGUCUGCGUCGCUGGUCGGGGCCUGUCCGAAUCACUCUGUGA